CGCAACACUGAAAGGCAUCUUCGUUUGCGCGCGUUACCAACACUUGUUGCAGCCGGCUGCGAAACGCGCUUCUUUUUUGUGUAUUUUUAUUAUAUUGUUUAAUUUAGAAGCCAUAAUGACUGACAGCAACGUUCCCGCCUUUGAACUCGGGGAUACCCUGGCCAUGCGUUGUGGAAACACUUUGACCGGAGUAUUUGUCCCAGGAUCUAAAAUCGCCCUUAGUGCUUUCCGACAUGUCAAGUACAACUCAAGAGACGUUCCAACCGAUACCGCCAACCAGGAUCCCGUGCUCAUCUACAUGGCCCACGAAACCACACUCUUUGAUGAGCCAGUUCUGAGGAGCCUUCUUGCCGAAUCGAACGCCACCUUCGCUACACUGCAGCAGCUGGGACAGAAGGCAGCGCGUGUGGAGUACGUCAACAUUUCACGGGCAUACCGUAGCAUUGUGCGAGCCUGCCUGGAGAAAUUGGAGCACGAGAAAAAGUCGCCAGAGGUGCAGACGGAUGAUCUGCGGCUGCAGCGCUUCUCAGAGGCCAUGGUUGUCUUUUAUGCGGCAGAGUGCCUGUGGCAUUUGUUUGAAAUCCUCUACAUCCAGCAAAACCAACUAGUGGUGCCCCAGCUAUUGGAAUGGGCGCGCUUCCAUUUCCCGCAAACGGAGGAAAGGGCCACCGAUCUGCUGCUGAUGGGCGAGGAAGCCAGUGAGUCUGACGACUACUGGAAUGUGCUCAGGUCUCUCAUCAUGCUUGGUGAGAUAGACAUCACCCGUGCCAUUCUGUCCCAGAACCGCAGGGCCAGUCAACCGGCUUUCAAAACAGCAGAGUUGGCGCUAAAGUCGAUGCCCAUCUACCAGGAGGGAUAUUCGUUGCAAAAGUUUAACUCUCAGUGGGAGUACUGGCACAUGGACACAGAACGCAAGAUCCUGUCGAAUGUAUUCGCUACGGAGCCAGAACUGGAGCAACUAGUUCAGCUCGUGGUGGGCAACAACGAUGAAUGGGAUGCUGGGAUCAAGGCAAGCCAAGACUGGUACCAAUACCUACCGGGAUAUCUGCUCUACACAAAGCCCACCUGCAAGCCAUUCGAGCUGAGGAUAGCGUCCACCAAUUGGCUCAACCGCUGGUCUAUGCUGCGGCCCGAACGGAUAUUGAACAGCAUGAGUCGCAUGAUCCUGCAGCUGAUGGAGCACGAUGUUAGGUUAUUCAUCUAUGAGGCCCAAAAAAUAAGCGACACUAACUGGUUCUCGGCGCACUUGCUAGAUUUGAUCCACAAUUCUGGAAUCCUCAAGGCCUACUUCGAUCAAAACAACGUUGAUCUUCCAGCAUUACGGCACUCUAUAAUCUAUGAGUACGGCACCUUUUUGAUGUCCGCACGGAAUCUUUGGCAUCUGGGAAUAGACUAUUUGGAUUAUUGCAAGCAGGAAGGCAGGGCGGCUAUCGAGUUGCUCUUGCCAAGGAUUUCCAUUCGCAGCGAGCGACAGGCCAACAAACUAAUCAAUCUGGCCAAGCAGCGAGGACUCCUGACUGUGGAACAAGAUAUCUGCAAAGUCCUCUCAAAGAGGGCCUAUGAUGGGGAGCGUUAUGGCAACGCUCUGGAAUGGGCCAUUCGAUCUAAGGAUGUUUUGCUAGUCACGGGAAUCGCUGACUUUAUACUGAAGACUUAUUCCAGGACGGGAAACAUGCUAUGUCCAGAUACGAUUGCAAAUAUUGGAGGCCGCAUGUUCAUCUCGCCGCGUUUGGUCUUCCUCUCAAAGUACUUUGAGUUUUACGAAUUCUACCGAAAUCGUGACUUUCUGUCGGCAUCUGAGUUGCUCGUUAAUCUUUUAGAGUCGAAAAUAACCCCCGAAUACUUCUGGCCCUCCUUACUCAUCGAUUCCAUGCCUCUGCUCGAGUCGAAGGAUCCGAAAAUAUUCUCGAAGGAAACGGUGGCUAUUUUGCACCACAUUGAAACCGAACUUGUUCCCAUCAUUGAACGCAACACAGACAAGUUUGGCGAGCACCACACAGAGACCGUUUUCAAGGACUAUCGGGUGGAGAAUAUUGACGAAAUACUGAACCUCAUGCGAUUAGCCUGUGCCCGCAACUUGGCCAGGGCGAUGAUCAUUGAGAACACAAUGGCGUUGGAGUGAUUUUGAAUGCAUUUUUAGUGUAAUUUAUUUUGUAUUUUUCGCUUUUCCAAUACAUCGUAAUUUGUUAUAGAUUUUAA